AUGGGCUGUUUGGAGGUGGGCAGUGCUAGGGGCUGUUUGGAGGUGGGCAGUGCCAGGGGCUGUUUGCAGGUGGGCAGUGCCAGGGGCUGUGUGGAGGUGGGCAGUGGCAGGGACUGUGUGGAGGUGGACAGUGCCGGGGGCUGUGUGGAGGUGGGCAGUGCCAGGAAGAGUAUGGAGGUGGGCAGUGAUGGGGGCUGUGUGGAGGUGGGCAGUGCCAGGGGCUACGUAGAGGUGGGCAGUGCCAGGGGCUACGUGGAGGUGGACAGUGCCACGCUACGUGGUGGUGGACAGUGCCAAGGCCUCUGCGGAGUGCCACGCUGUGUGGAGGUGGGCAGUGCCAUAGACUGUGUGGAGGUGGGCACUGCCAGGGGCUGUGAGGAGGUGGGCAGUGCCACAGACUGUGUGGAGGUGGGCAGUGCCAGGGGCUGUGUGGAGGUGGGCAGUACCAUAGACUGUGUGGAGGUGGGCAGUGCCAGGUGCUGUGUGGAGGUGGGCAGUGCCAUAGACUGUGUGGUGGUGGGCAGUGCCAGGGGCUGUGUGGAGGUGGGCAGUGCCAUAGACUGUGUGGUGGUGGGCAGUGCCAGGGGCUGUGUGGAGGUGGGCAGUACCAUAGACUGUGUGGUGGUGGGUAGUGCCACGGGCUGUCUGGAGGUGGGCAGUGCCAUAGACUGUGUGGAGGUGGGCAGUGCCAGGGACUAUGUGGAGAUGAGCAGUACCAAGGAUUGUGUAAAGGUGGGCAGUGCCAGGGUGUGUGUAGAGGUGGGCAGUGCCAGGGUGUGUGUAGAGGUGGGCAGUGCCAGGGUGUGUGAAGAGGUGGGCGGUGCCAGGGUGUGUGUAGAGGUGGGCAGUGCCAUAGACUGUGUGGAGGUGGGCAGUGCCAUAGACUGUGUGGAGGUGGGCAGUGCCAGGGGCUGUGUGGAGGUGGGCAGUGCCAUAGACUGUGUGGUGGUGGGCAGUGCCAGGGGCUGUGUGGAGGUGGGCAGUGCCAUAGACUGUGUGGUGGUGGGCAGUGCCAGGGGCUGUCUGGAGGUGGGCAGUGCCAUAGACUGUGUGGAGGUGGGCAGUGCCAGGGGCUGUGUGGAGGUGGGCAGUACCAUAGACUGUGUGGUGGUGGGUAGUGCCACGGGCUGUCUGGAGGUGGGCAGUGCCAUAGACUGUGUGGAGGUGGGCAGUGCCAGGGACUAUGUGGAGAUGAGCAGUACCAAGGAUUGUGUAGAGGUGGGCAGUGCCAGGGUGUGUGUAGAGGUGGGCAGUGCCAGGGUGUGUGAAGAGGUGGGCAGUGCCAUGAUGUGUGUAGAGGUGGGCAGUGCCAUAGACUGUGUGGAGGUGGGCAGUGCCAUAGACUGUGUGGAGGUGGGCAGUGCUAUAGACUGUGUGGAGGUGGGCAGUGCCAUAGACUGUGUGGAGGUGGGCAGUGCCAUAGACUGUGUGGAGGUGGGCAGUGACAUAGACUUUGUGGAGGUGGGCAGUGCCAGGGACUGUGUGGAGAUGAGCAGUACCAGGGAUUAUGUAGAGGUGGGCAGUACCAGGGGGGGGGUGGAGGUGGGCAGUGCCAGAGUUAUUAAGGUGGAUAGUGCCAAGGUGGUGCAGGGGGCGCCGAGCAGCGGCCCUGCCGCGAGGUGCUGCGUCGAGGAGGGGGGAGCAGGGGCGCGGGGUGCCGGCGUCAGGGGGAGGGUGCAGGAGGCUCCGGCGGGACGGCGGCUCAGGUUCUCAUAA